AUGGCUGAUAAGGUGGUUCUGCCCCUCCUGCCGGUACGUAUCCUGGGGAGAUCCAAAAAACAAAAAAAAACAAAAAAUCGAAUCUGGACUAGCGCCAGAAAAAAAACAGGUGCUUCCCCUUCUCUGCAAGCUCUCGAAAAUCGAGACGCGUCUUCCUCCCAGCCGUCAGUCGAGAAACAGCUUCAAGGCGGGGUCAAACACGCAGUCCAAACACCUCACAAGGGUCCGUGUCUACCUCUAGGAAUCCACAGGGCAGGCGCGUCGGGUGUUCCCCAAAAAAUCAGGCCAAGCCAAAAAUCAAAUCGGACCUUGACCCUUGUCUCUCUCCCUGCUGCCCAAAAAAAAAUAAGCCUACCCAGAAAAUCAGAUCACUGA